AUGGGGAAGAAGAAGAAGCUGAGGCUGCAAAACCAAGGCUCCCAUGUUAUAUUGGACAAUGGAUUGUUGAUGGUGACCAUAUCCAACCCCCAAGGCUAUGUUAGUGGCAUCAAGUAUGGAAACAUGGACAAUCUGCUAGAUGUCAAAUCCAGCGAAUCUAAAAGAGGAUAUUGGGAUACCAACUGGAGUUGGCCUGGAGGCAAGGACAGAUACCAAUUGCUUAAGGGCUCUGAGUUUAAUGUCAUCAACGCAACUGACGACACGAUCGAGAUAUCGUUCAGGAAAGUUUUCAACCCAUCAACUCGAGGCAACAAACUUCCACUUAGUGUAGACAUAAGGUACAUAAUGAGGACUGGUAUGCCAGGCUUCUAUUGCUAUGCAAUCUACGAGCACCCAUCGGCAUGUCGGGCUUUCGAUCUUGUUCAGACAAGAAUGGGUCAAAUUAGGUUCCACUACAUCGCAAUUUCAGAUGAGAAGCAAAGAAUAAUGCCAAUGCCGGAAGAUUUGCAUCCAGGCAGAGGUGAACAACUAAUUGUACCGGAGUCAGUUCUGCUUGUAAAUCCCAUUAAUCCUGAUCUGAAAGGAGAGGUAGAUGAUAAGUACCAAUACUCAGUGGAUAACAAAGAUGGUGGAGUUCAUGGAUGGAUUAGUUCCAGCCCAAACAACAUAGGUUUCUGGGUAGUUUUUCCAAGCCAUGAGUUCCGAAAUGGCGGUCCAACAAAGCAAAAUCUCACAGUUCAUACCGGUCCUACAUGUCUUGCUAUGUUUCAUGGAACACAUUACAUUGGAGAAGAUAUACUUACACAUAUUAAGGAAGGAGAGGCAUGGAGGAAGGUGUUUGGUCCUGUUCUUGUUUACCUGAACUCCACCUCAGAUGUAUCAGAGGCACACAAUUUAUGGAUAGAUGCAAAAGAACAGGAAAAUGAACGUGGUUCCAUUUCAGGAAGACUGUUAGUCCAAGACAGGUUUAUUUCAAGUUCCCCCAUCCCUGCAAGAGAUGCACAUGUUGGUUUAUCUUCUGCUAGAGAAGAAGGUGGCUGGCAAAUAGAGAGCAAGGAAUAUCAAUUUUGGGUACAAACAGAUUCCAAUGGAGAUUUCACUAUCAGAAACGUUAUUCCAGGAGUCUAUGGACUUCACGGUUGGGUUCCUGGAUUCAUUGGUGAUUAUCUUCACCAAUCACUAGUAACAGUAUCUGCAGGAUCUCAUACCCAUCUUGGCAUUCUGACCUAUAGUCCCCUCAGAGAUGGUCCUACUGUUUGGGAGAUUGGUUUUCCUGACCGAACAGCUGGUAGCUUCUAUGUUCCUGAUGUGAAUCCGAUGUUCAGGCAAUAUGGUUUAUGGGAGGGAUACAGUGAUUUACAUCCAAUAAAUGACCAAGUCUUCACUGUGGGUAUCAAUGAUCCGAAAAAAGAUUGGUUCUUUGCUCAAGUUUGCAGGUUCGUACUUGCAACCCAUCAUAUAUAUUGA